AUACAUUCAUAAGAUAACAAAGUAUUCAUUCAUCUUAAUAACAAGAAAUAAUCAUGUACAAACGAAUGUACUUGAAAAUACUUUGCAUAUGCGGUUUUUCAAAUAUCUUCAGAAAGGUAAACAAUUAAAUAGUGAAACAAAACUAUCUAAACUUCUAGACAUGUAUAAAGAGAAUGCAGGAGAUGCCUUGGGAAAUAACCAAGAAAAUCUUAAUAGACGUAAAAAGAUUGAUAAGACCUGCAGUUACAAAAUCAAGAAUAGUCAUCCAGAAGAAAUCCAAGUUAUACUUGAUGCAUUGAUUGCUGUAAUGCCCGCUGCUGUCGUAUCUCUUAAUUGCUACACUGAAGCUAUCAAAAAACUUCAAAGUAAUUUUAUUAAAAAUCCAAGUGAGGAAAAGUUUGUUAAACUCAGUUUUUAUCUUGGAUUAUUUAAACGAAAACAUCCAGGACCGAUUCUUCUUAAAAAUCUCAUUGACUUAUACUCAAACUCAUUCAUUGAGAAAAUAAGUUCCAUCGACUUUGCAAUUAUAUGUACAGCAACUUUCAAAGCAAGUGUUCAGAAUAAAAAUGUGAAAUUUCUAAACAGAUUGAUAAAUGAAGUCAUCGAUACAUCAGAAAUUGAUAGUGAAGUUUUCAUAGCAUUUAUCAAAAGCUUAAGACAAAAUAAAAUAAAUUCACCAGUAGUUUUAAAGAAAUUAAAAUCCUUGAGUAAUGAGAAUAAACUUCAAAAUCUUGAUUAUAAGAGUCUCGUACACAUUUUUCCAAUCAUCGCUGACAAUUUGAUUAAAGAUGAUAAAUUAUCAAAGGUAAUCGUCGAUACAUGCUUAAAAACAUUUGACGAUCAAACUCGUUCAAAAGAUAUUCAGAAACUUCUCUAUUCUUGCUCCAUGAUAAAUUACAAUAUGAAACAAUCCGAUCUAAAGAAUCUGGAAUCAAAUGUUAUCUUGCGAACACAACUUAAAGAAUUCCAUCAAAGAUUCGAUAAUUUUGUCGACAUUGCAUUGUCAAUGUGGAUGUUGAAUUACAAGAGUCAUGGAUUGAUUCAACAUUUAUUCUUUGAAAAGCGUUUCCACGAGUUCAGUGCAAAUCCUGACAGAGUGAAAAUUGAUUCGAGAAAAAAAUUGCUAAAAACUUGUGUGGAGAUAGAAAGACCAAAUUGGAUAAAAGAUUCAAACAAACCAACGAAACCUUCUUUUGAUGAGAAUCGAGUAUCACCGACAUACUUAAUAAGACCAUCAAUUCAGAAAGUUUUGGAAGAUUUCCAAAAAUGUGAAACGAGUAUUGUCCACCAGAUAAAAAACUUAAACAUAGCUGGAAUACUUGUCAAGGAAGCUGAUGGUAGUAAUCUUCAUGUUGAGGUUUUAGACAGCACAAAUGCUAUGAGCGACAAUACUCCAAAUGGAUUGUUAAGCUUGAAGUUGAGAUUAUUAAAACAUUUAAAUUGCAAGGUUCAUGUGGUAUGUGAUUAAACAAAAUUCAUAUCAUGAACGCUCAAGCAAUGUUCAAUUAUUUUCAAGAUUCAAGAUCAGCUGUUCCACGAGUUAAAAAAUUUUUAUUGAUGAAAAGAACGUAGACGAAAACUUAUCUUUGUGGAUCAAUGUAGAGGGAUUUGAGAUAUGAGCCACAUGACUAUUUUCAACAUAACACGACGAUUCAAAAAUCGGUCUGUAUGAUUUAUUCAAGUUUUUUGUAACAUCAACAUUAAGCUUUGUCUCAUGUUCCCGACACUCUCCUUGGUCAAUGAUUGGAUCAGAAAGCUACUUUUAUUUGAAAUCUUGUAGAUAAAAUCCAUUGAAUGAGCAUCAAAAUUGCUCCAUAAAACCUCAGAAAAUAGAAUAAAAGAAAAAAUAUAUUUUUAAAGUAAAAAC